AUGAAUGGUGGAUUGUCUUUGGAGUCCGUGAGACGUGGCAUUUUCACUACCCGGGGAACUUCCAAUCACAUCGUAGCUUUCAUUCAUAAUAGGCGUGGUCUGUUUUCGUCCUCGGCAGGUCUCUUGGUCUCUCCGGGUAAUUGAAGCUUGUCGCAUCAGUAGCAGUUGUUCAGUGGUGUCUCGGAGGUAUCAGGCGGUGUUUAAAUUUAAUAAGCCUGUUUUCGUUGUAGACACAAGUGAGUUUACUAAUUGCGUCUUGAAGAUGGAUUUGCAGUCUGCUUUAAUUUGCGGGGGAGUAGCCGCCGUUUCUGCUGUCGUUAUAUACGUCAUAUCAGUGUUUAGUAUGCGAGAAAAGACGUAUGAAGAAGCAAUUGCUGAGCAAAGGAAACUACCUGAAGAGAACCUUCUUUUAGGUCGUAGUGCGAAGGAUAAAGCUAAAGACAAGAAACAGAAGAAAUUGGGGAAAAAGGUAAAGGAAAAAACCACUGAUCAAGACAGAAAUGAACAAGCUGAUAUGUCAUCUAAGUCGGCAGUACAGACGUCAAAGGUACAUGUUGAUUUUGAAGAACCUGAAGCAGAAGUUGUAAGUGAACGCCCAUCACAGGAGGAUAAAAAGAAGAAGAAAAAGGAAAAGGUGAAACCUAUCCUGUUAAAUAAAGAUGAGCAUAGUAUCAUACGUGAAGAGAAUGUUGUGAAGAACAAUCCUGAAUCCAUUGCUAGAGAAGUCCCCAAGCUGCAGUCUUCUGCUAAAUUAAGUACUAAAGCUGAUGGGCCUCCUUCCAACAAGCAGGAAAAAGAAAAAUCAUCUACUAAGACAGAAAACACAUCUGCUCCCAAAACCGAGCGUGCUCAGAUAUCUAACAAGUCAGACCAUGAAACUGUUGAGAAGGACAAGGACACAGGUGCAAAGCCAGAGAAAGCUUUCUCUAAAGCUACAAACAUAAAAGCUGAAAAGCAAGCUGUUCCAAAAGCUGAUAAAGCAGAGAAGGCUGCUACCAAGGUGGAAAAGGCGUCAGGAAAACCUGAGAAAAUAUCUGCCGAAAAGCCAGAGAAGAAUGCUUCUGCGAAGCCAGAGAAGUCUGCUGCUGCGAAGGGUGAGAAGUCUGCAACAUCUGUUACUGCAGCAAAGCAAGAGAAGCCUGCAUCCACUAAAAGUGACAAAUCUGCAGCCUCAAAGUCUGAGAAGAAUAGCAAUGUGCAAGAUACCCCUACGGCCAAAGUCCCCCCUCCGGCUCCUGCGAGCGAUGCUGUUAGUGCUGAAGUUGCUCCUCCAGUGGUGACAGCUGUGGUGGUGAAAGAGUCUGCCGCCAUUCCUGUGAAGGAGAAGAACCGCAAGAAAAAGAGCGAGUUGGCAACCUUGCAACAAAUGAGUGGAGACAGAGAUGGAAUCAACAUGAGUUUGCUGCUACCUAUUGUGCAGAAAGCUGAACUGUCUCGUUCUGAAAUCCAGAUCUUGAUUGAUCACCUGUUGAACAAGCAGCAGAACGCUGGUGCCACUGAUGCAGAAUGGAUAGAAGGACGACAAGAUCCUGUAGUGAAGCUGAAGAAACAGCUGGCAGAGAAGGAGAAGCAGCUAGCAGAGGAGCUGUCUGCAUCGCAGGGGGUGCAGGCUAAGCUGAAGGAGCUGCGCCAGGAGCUGAAUACUGAACGCUCCCGGCUAUCACACAGCUGUCGCCAGCUCGAGGAGGCCCUGCUGGCCAAGACAAAUGAGGCCCAGGCAUUGGCCACGCGGUUGCAGCACAACCAGGAGGCAGUCAACAAUGAGAAGCAAGCCCUCACCCACCAGGUGCAGCAGCUUCAACAGAAACUGAACGAAGAGCAUGUGCGUCUGUGCCAAGUCCAAGAGCAAGAAGCCAGCCUGCAACAGGAACUGUUGGCACAGCGGCAGCAGAUGAUGGCCCAUCUGGGUGAGCAGGAAGGAGCCCUGAAAACGCAGGUGGCACAACUGAUGUCGCAGCUGAAGGAGCAGGAAUCUGUCAAUUCAACCUUGAACCUGGAGCUGCAGAAUCAGAGAGACCAGCAGCUUGGUGAAAACAACCUACUUCACGAGCGUGUGGCCCAUGCUGAAAAACAGAUGCUUCUCUACCAGGAGAAUGCAGAGAGAGCGCAAGAUUUGGCCAGACAAGUUGAGGAAUUUGCAAGAAUUCGUGGGGAUUUGGAGCACAGACUGAGUGCAAGCCAGCAGCACGAGUCUGCUUUGCAAUUUGAAGCAAACAACCUGCGCAAAGAAAUGGAGGAACUGAAGGCUCAGGUGGUAGGAUACGAGUCCCUGAAAAAUGAGUCAAACAGGUUGCGUUCAGACAACGAUAAACUCUCCAAUCAGUUGGGGCAAACAAAGGACGUACAAUUAGAAAACCAAAGACUGCGUGAUGAAAAUGAACGUUUAACAUCCCAAGUUAAUAUCCUGCCAGAGCUGCAGCGAGAGGCCUCGCAGCUGCGAGAGGAGAAUGAAAACUUGGCUGCGCAAGUGACUGCAAUGACUGAGAGGCCGGCUGCGGAGGGACGAGAGAACGGGGACCUUCAGUUCCAUGAAGAGAAGCAGGAGCUGCACAAGGGAGAUUUCAGCCUAUAUGAGAAAACCAUUCAGCAAAAGGAAGGUCAACUUCUGCAGUUAUCUGGAGAAUUGGAAGAAAAGACUUCUCUUGUGAAGAAACUGCAAUGUGAAAUUAAUACUUACAAGACUGACAUUAACAAGCUUAAUGAACAAUUAGAAGAACAAAGGAAGAAGAACAAUGAUUUGCGCAUAAAGAACUGGAAAGCUAUGGAUGCGCUGUCGACUCUGGAAAAGUCCCUGCAAAGUAAAGUGCAAAACUCUUCCCCAGAACUAGUCAGUGAAAUUAGUCAAAAAGUAAAUCAAGAACAGCAGAAUGUUAUUAAACAGCUUCUGCAAAGGAUAUUUCCUGAUGUUAGAGUUGAAGACUGCAAAUCUCAUGAGCAAUGGCUGGAACAGUUUGAGAAGUCUGCCUCAAAUUUCCUGUCAGAACUGCACAACCGCUCCCAACAAACUGCCCCUUCAGUAUCAGAAGAGUCUGCCCAGGUUGAAGAGUUAGAAAAACAAAACAAUUACCUCCAAGGCCUUGUGACAAACUAUCAAACUAUCAUUCAAGAUACAUCAGGCAUGCUGACGAAGCUGCAAAACCAAGUGGAGGAGGGUGAGAUCCGAUGGCGGCAGCAGCUGCAGGUGAAGGAGGCGGAGCUGGAGGCUGUGAGACAGGAGCUGGAGGGCAAGGCAUCGACCCAGGUGCCCAGCCACAGCACGGAAACUCAGAGCAGAGUAGAAGACCUUCAAGCCAAAUUGAAGAUCAAAGAACAGCAGCAGCAAGACCUGGAAUCUAAAUACAGCACACUUACAAGCAGUGUGGAACAGUUAAAAGAAGAAAAAGACGGUCUAACUGCACAACUUCAGAAAGAGCAGGAGAAGUCACAGGAUCUGUCAAAGGAACUAGUGAGAUUGCGAAGCUUGGUGCAGAUAGGAAAAGAUUCCUUAAGCCAGGAACAUGAAAUGGUUGUCAAUCUUCAACAGCAAGUUGAUAAACUAAAUGGAGUCCAUCAAAACCACAGUGUUGCUUCGAAUGGUCCUUCCUCUGAAUCGUCGACUGUAUCACAAACUGUGGAAUUGGAUCCAGUUGACAUCCUUCAGUUUUAUUUUAAAAUAAAAUUUAGAUUUAAAAAUACUCCUGAUUUGAACUCUGUUCAUCCUUCAAAUAAUUGCAUGAAUUCAGAAUUAUUAUGGGGUUUAUAUUUUGACUCUACAUAUAUUACAAAUAUCCAGCCAACUUUGGCCAUCUUUGAUCAUAUUCUUCACUUGAUUCUUUUUCAAGAUGUUUUAUACAAUCAUCUGUUGGUUUUGUGGUUCAUUCUGACAAAUUGCAAAAAUUGCAGCUUAUUAUUUUUCUUUCUUGUUUUCAAUGCAGUUUUUUUUUUUUUUGUGUGUGUUGUCAAAAUAGAACUUACUAAAAUCAUGAAGAAAAUUAAAUUAAAUGGUCAUAAAUUUAGCUGCAAUUUGAAGCUAACAUUUUAUGUAAAAGUUUCUCAGUCAUUCUUUGCCUUUGAUAUUAAAAUGCAAUAUGUAUGUUUAUUUAAGUGGUUAGGUACU